UGGCCAAUCAGUCGAGAAUCUGUUGGCAAGGCGUGCGGUUCGUUCGGUUCUUCUUGCUCCCGUGCUCAGGAAGCAAAAGAAAAGCAAGAAGAAAAUUAUAAAAUCAAAAAGCAGAGGAGCUGGGCCGCCACUUGGAGCGACAGUUCCAAAAAACUGUCAAACUAUACACACGCCAUACACCUCUCUAUAGAUACACGUCGAAUAGAUAGUGCCACAUUUUAUUUAUAAACCGCCUAUAUUUUUGGAUCAAACUUGAGGCGAAAGCAAAAGUGUUUUGAGGAAUUCAGUUUUGUGUCUAGUGUGAAAAUGCCUCUGGCAAAAUUGUGAAAUCCUCGCGUGUCAAAGUCAAAAAAAUAAAUACAUAUAUAUAUAUAAUCCAGAAAGGAGCUAUAAUAUCCCGCCAUAAUGCCGAAUAUCGGCAGUAAAUUUAUCGUGUGCCUGCUACUAAGCUCGUUGAUCCUGGUCAACGGUCAGUUCGAGCACUAUCUGGAUAGUUUCAGAUCCUCGGAUUUCUACGAGUUCCCCGAAGGUUCCUUGGGCAGCAUUCAGUAUUUGCCCAAGGGCAAUGACGAGACGCUCGAACUGAAACUGGAGCAGCCCAUUCACUUCUAUGGGGAGCAGUACGAACAGAUAUUUAUCAACACCAAUGGUAUCCUGACUUUCAACUCGGAGUUCCCUGAGUACCUGAACCAGCCCUUUCCGCUGGAAUAUGCUUCGAUAGCAGCCUUUUACUCAAAUGUGGAUACCUCGUUCAGCGAUGAGGGCACAUCGAUCUCUCUGUUUGAGACCAAGGAUCAAAAUAUCCUUGACAAAGCAUCUAGUUUGGUGGCUUACGCCUUCGAUAAUCAUUCGAAAUUUUUGGCAAGUCAAUUGAUCGUGGCCACAUGGAACAAAGUUGGUUACUUUGACUCCAAGACGGACCGUCUGAACACCUUCCAGGUGGCACUGAUUGCCAACGAAGAUCAGACCUUUGUGCAGUUCAUAUACCCGAACGGCGGUCUUAACUGGCUCCAGGGUGAGACAGCUGGAUUAGGUCUGCCCGACAUUCGCGCCCAGGCAGGAUUCGUGGCUGAAGAUGGACGAUACUUCACAUUGAACGGUUCGGGAUCAGCAAAUGCCCGUUUUCUGAGCGAGAGCACUAACCUGGGCGUUCCCGGAGUCUGGUUGUUCGAUGUUGCUCCUAUUGACCCUGAACAGAACGUGAGGAGUCCCGACAAUUACGAAUCCCGUACGGAGUCACCUGCCUUGGCCCAGAGUUGCCAGGCCAAUGCCCAUCAGUGCCACGAAAAAGCCGACUGUUUUGACAAGUCCGAAGGAUAUUGCUGCGUCUGCGAGUCCGGAUUCUAUGGCAAUGGAAAGUCUUGUCUGGCCAAUGAUCAACCCAUCCGAGUGACAGGAACUCUGAGCGGAGAGCUGAACAAGCAGCCCGUGAAUGAGGAAGCCAAGCUGCAGUCGUAUGUGGUGACCAGCGAAGGUCGUACAUACACCACCAUCAAUCCUCUAGGCCCUGAAGUGGGCGCCCAACUUCGAUUGGCCCUUCCACUGUUGACCACUGUGCCAUGGUUGUUCGCCAAGUCGGUGGGUGGAGUGCCCAAUGGAUACCAACUGACCGGUGGUGUCUACACCCAUGUAUCUCGUUUGCAAUUCGAUUCUGGAGAGAGUCUUCAUGUGAAUCAGACAUUUGAGGGUCUCAACUACUGGGAUCAGCUGUCCGUGAAGAUCGAGCUUUAUGGUGAAGUUCCCAACGUGCCAGCUGAUUCCGUCCUACUUCUCCCAGACUAUGUGGAGGAGUAUACUUUCGAAAGGCCUGGAGAACUUAAGUCUGUGCAGUUGCUAAACCUUAAUGUUGAGGGAGAACAGCGGGUGCUUGGACUUCAGGUGGAGCAAAGGAUUUUGUUCAACAACUGCCUGCGGGAUGAUGAGCCGGAUCCGAGUGCCACCAAAGUGGUGCAGAAGAUCUCCAAGGUGGCUCUGGACUAUGUGGAUCGUGACCAGGCUCUGCGAAUUGGAGCCAUGAGCAAGGUAGGCGUUACCGCCGAGUCAAACGCCUGCAAUGAUGGUACCGCCAACUGUGUGGAAUUUUCCGUGUGCGUACCUUAUGAGGACACGUAUAGGUGCGAUUGCUACAAUGGUUAUGCGGCUCAGUUGGAUGAGCGUGGCGUAGAGGUCUGCCUAGAUAUCGACGAGUGUGCAGCGGGUACUCAUGUCUGCGAUGAGAACGCUAUCUGUGUUAACAUGGAGGGCGGAUUCAACUGUUACUGUACAGAAGGUUUCGAGGGCAAUGGCUACCGUUGCCUAGCCAACAGCACUGCUGACAAUAUUGAAUAUCCACCAGCGGUUGUGGUGCAAGAUGAAACUACCAAUCCCAAUCCUUAUCCGGGACAAGAUCAGGAUCAGAAUCAGGAGCACGAACAGGAGCGCGAUCAGGAGCGGGAAAGGGAAGAGGAACUGGAAAGGGAACGCGAACGACAGCGGCAAGCUGAGCAGGACCGAGAACGCGAGCAAUACCCGCAUCCGGAAUAUCCUGGGGAGCAGGUUUCACAACAGCCAGACGAGUGUUACCGCUGCUCAAAGGAUGCUGACUGCUACAAAGGACGCUGCACCUGCCACGAAGGAUUCGAUGGUGACGGUUAUAGCUGCACAAACAUCUGUGCAAACGGCGAAGUUUGGGAGAACGGAAGUUGCGAGCCUUUGAUUCUUGAGAGGCACGAUGUAGCGCCAAUGUGCGAUGCUUUAGGCGAAUGCCAAUGCCCCUAUGGAUACGAAUUAGCCGAGAAUGGCCAGCACUGCACCUACGUCCAAGAGUAUGAUCCGGAAAGGAAUUCUGAUCUGAUUCCUUGUGAUGUGGAUGAAAACUGUCAUAUCAAUGCCACCUGUAAUUGGUUUGGCCACGAACUUCGUCACAUUUGCACCUGCCAGCCUGGAUUCCGAGGUGAUGGAUACAACUGCGAGCCAAUUAGCGACGAGUCCUGUGCAAUCAGACCCGAGAUUUGCGACGUUCAUGCCGACUGCAUUUUUAACGAGCCCUUGGGCCGAUCGGAAUGCCAGUGCCUCGCUGGCUAUGAAGGCGACGGCUUCCGCUGUCAAUUGGCGGACGAGUGCCAAUCCGCCGAACAAUGUGGUGAUAAUGCCAUCUGCGACGAUGGCGUGUGCCGCUGCAAGCCGGACUUCGAGCGGGACGUUAGUGACCAUUGUGUACCGGUGGGCCGAUGCGGCAGCGUCUUCUGUGGAUUAAAUGCUAUCUGCAAGUUGGACUCUGUGCAGGGCGUUCCGUUUUGCGAUUGCGUCGAAGGAUACCAGGGUGACGCCAUAACAGGAUGCACCAGUAAACCUCUAUCCUGCCACGUCCUUAAUAACUGCGGCAUCCAUGCAACCUGCGAGCCCACAGAGGAUCCGGCUAACUACGAGUGCCAGUGCAUUGCUGGAUUCAACGGCGAUGGAUACGUGUGCAUUGAGGAGCAAAACUGCUUAAACAACCCAACGCUGUGCGACAUGAAUGCAAAGUGCCAUUCAACCAACUCAGGACUGGUCUGCGUCUGCAAUCAAGGUUUCUAUGGUAAUGGAUCUCUGUGCCAUGAGCGCCAGCAGCACGACUCCGACUUCCUGAUAGUUAGCCAAGGCGUUAUGAUCGCUCGGGUUCCACUUAAUGGUCGCAAUGUGCGACCCAUUUCAGUGGCCCAGAUGGCCAUUGGUCUGGACAAGGAUUGUGUCGAAGGUCGAGUCUACUGGGGUGAUAUUUCUACCAAGAAGAUCGUAAGCGCCAAGUACGACGGCUCUGAUCUGCGUACAUUCAUCGAUACUGAUAUCAUUUCUCCUGAGGGCAUUGCCAUUGAUGUGAUCUCACGUCGACUUUACUGGGCAGAUUCAGCAAAGGACACCAUUGAGGUGGCCAGCCUGGACGAUUCCUCGUUGCGGACAGUGAUCAUUAAUAAGCAGCUGGUUAACCCACGUGGCAUAGCUGUGGAUGCCUACAGAGAAAAACUAUACUGGUCAGAUUGGGACCGCUCAUCGCCCAAGAUCGAGACUUCUAACUUGGAUGGAACUGGUCGCGAGCUUUUGCUGGGUAAGGAUUCUGUAACCCUGCCCAACUCUCUGGUGGUGCUCGAUAACUCCGGUGAGGUGUGCUACGCGGAUGCGGGUACCAAGAAGGUGGAGUGCAUUGACCCACAGAAUCGCCAGAUUCGUACAAUCUCCAACGAGUUGUCCUAUCCCUUCGGUAUCACCUUUACCCACGAUCAGUUCUACUGGACGGAUUGGACCACCAAAAAAGUGGAGAUUGUCGACAGCAUGGGAACGCGACAGCAGCCCAUUCAGCCGCCCUUCUUCGGCAGCCACAAGAUGUACGGCAUGACGGUCGUAGAGCAGAACUGCCCGCAAUACCAAAGUGCUUGCCAGAUCAACAACGGUGGAUGCACGGACUCACGGAUCUGCCUAGUGAAUCGACAGGCUCCGUCCGGCAAGAGCUGCAAGUGCACCAGCGCCUCCACAGAAUGCACUGUGCCAGCGCCUGGCAACUAAGUCUAUGUUUAAUGCAAACUGAAAUUAUUUUUCGAUACGUAUACAAUCAAACAGAAAAAGCAAGUUAACCAAAGCGUAACGUAAGGGUAUCGAGGUAAACUAAACUAAAUUUAAUUAACUAACUAGGAGUGCCUGUGUGCCAUUUCAAAGAACAACAAUUAAUAAAGAGAAACAAGCCUUAGACAGAA